UCCCAUGGCUUUCCCGGAGGAUGGGAACCAUACUGCGGUGACAGAGUUCAUUUUAUUGGGCCUGACAGAUGACCCAGUCCUUAGAGUCGUCCUCUUCAUCAUCAUCCUGUGCAUCUACCUGGUGACCGUGUCUGGGAACCUCAGCACCAUCCUUCUCAUCAUAGUUUCCUCCCAGCUCCAUCAUCCCAUGUACUUUUUUCUCAGUCACCUGGCUACUGUUGACAUAGGCCUCUCAUCUUCUGUCACACCUAAUAUGCUUGUCAACUUCCUGGUAAAGCAAAAUACUAUCCCCUACGUUGGAUGUGGCAUCCAGCUCAGCUCAGCUGCUUUUUUCGGUGCAUCUGAAUGCUUCCUUCUGGCUGCCAUGGCUUAUGAUCGAUUUAUGGCAAUCUGCAACCCACUGCUUUAUUCAACUAAAAUGUCCUCAAAAGUCUGCAUCCAGUUAGUUUUGGGAUCGUAUAUAGGGGGGUUUCUUAACUCUUCCUCCUUUAUUUUUUCCUUCUUUUCUCUUCUAUUUUGUGAACAAAAUAGGGUCAAUGACUUUUUCUGUGAUUUUGCUCCAUUGGUGGAACUCUCCUGUUCUGAUGUCAGUGUCUAUGUAGUUGUUAUCUCAUUUUCAGCUGGCUCAGUUACUAUGGUGACAGUGUUUGUCAUAGCCAUCUCCUACAUCUACAUCCUCAUCACCAUCCUGAAGAUGCGCUCCACUGAGGGCCGCCACAAGGCCUUCUCCACCUGCACCUCCCACCUCACUGCAGUCACUCUCUACUAUGGAACUGUUACAUUCAUCUAUGUGAUGCCUAAAUCAAACUACUCAAUGAACCAGAACAAAGUAGUGUCUGUAUUCUACAUGGUUGUGGUUCCCAUGUUGAAUCCCCUCAUCUAUAGCCUUAAGAAUAAUGAGAUUAAGGGUGCUCUGAAGAGACAGCUUAGUAAGAAAAUACUUUCUUAG